GAAAAAGUUUACGUGUGUAUAUACUCAAAGAGUGUUUUUUUUUCUUUUGUGUAGUGUAGUAGUAUACCAAGCAAGGUGUGUAUGGAGGUGUACUAGUAGUAGUAGUGGUGGUGGUGGUGGAAAAGUGUGUGCCAUGGAAAGAGUCUACUGAGAGCAAAAGCGAACGCCAAGGUGAGCAGUGAAAAGAGCAAGAAAAGAGAAAAGAGAAAAGAGAGAAGAGGAAAAAAAUAAAGAAAAAAAGAAAAAAAAAAAGGUCGGAAUUUAUUAAAAUCAAUUUUAUUUUCCUUCCUUCCUCUUCCUCUUCCUCUUCGUUUUCACUCUUCAGGAAAAGUUUUCACCUGGCGUUCUCUUUCUCCUCUCUUUGACUUCUCUACCUCUUCCUCCACCUCUGUCGUCGCAGUUUUGCCUCCUUCUCCUCUUUCUUCCUUUGCCCCCAUCGUUGCCCCCAUCUAGUAUCUAGACCAUCAUCUCACCAUCCAAGAACCACCACAUGUGCACUAUGUGGUGGUUUCGAGAACGAAAAAGAACUUGUAGGUGAAUUCCAGUGUUUGGGUUACGAGUGAUGAUGGCUGAUGCAUGCUUGGGUUACUUGGGUUACUUGGUUUCAAUCGAGCAACUUGAAUGGUACUUUUUUUUUUUUUCUAUUUAUUUUUCUAUUUUUUUUCUUCAUUUUCUUGUUCCUUUUUUUUUCCUUUUUUUUUUCGAAUCUCUUGUCAAUCUGAUUGCAACGCCUCUUCGGCUCUUAUUUUCUCGCAAAAAUCGCGCCGACUUUUUCGAUGACGUCGGUUUCCAUCAGUCGUUUGUGAACAAUUCGGAGUCGUGCUAGUUGUUUGUUUUUGGUCUGAUGCUUUUUUGUUCCACGUAUGUUGGUCUAGCCGCUUCUUUUGGAACUGUGCCUCCUUUCCAUGAAUUGACUAUAUAUACAGCCUUUCCAUCAACAUUGCUCUAUUCAUCAAGCUUUCGUCCUGUGUAUUUAUACA